AUGAAGCUGUAUGUUUGCACGCCGGGAGCCCUAAAUCCAGGUAGAUUUUGUUUUCUAGCCGUUCCGGCAGCACGGACGAUCCGAGCGACCGUUGUCCAGGCCCUGCCGGCUCCAGGUCCGGACUACCUGCUAAAACUGACCGCCGGGGACCGAGUCCAGAUCAUCCAGCAACACAUCCAGGGGAAGGGAGGAGUUUGGCUGGCCGUUCACAACGGCAAGGUGGGGAAGGUGAACCCGGCAUGCCUGAAGGUUGACUACGAGCCGACUGACCUGGUGCUGAAGCCACCCACUAUCAACCCGUUGGUCCAAACCCUGACCGCCCAGACAGUCCGGCCCCACCACCCCAACGGACCGGCCCAGCUGACUCUGCACCUGUGGGAGGAGGUACGAGUGGUGGAACAGCCUCCUACGGGUCCGUGGGCGGUUGUGAGGGAAGACAAACUAGGGAUGGUGGACCCAGGGUGCCUUAAGAUCAUACCGAGUCAGCAGCCUUCACUAAGGGACCAACUUUACAGAGACAGUAAGACGGGGAAGUGGAUCUCAGACCUGCGCGGAAGAGGUCUGCACUCCCUGCCGGAUGAGCUGUUCACUCUAUCCGACACAAGCGAGCUGUACGCCGCAGACAACCUGCUGACAGCCCUGCCCGAUGCCCUCACCAGGCUCCCCAACCUGCUCCGACUUACCGUCAACAGGAACAAGCUUCAGGCCUUCCCAGAGGUCGUGCUGAAGAUGGUUGGGCUUGAAAAUCUGAACCUCGGCGAGAACGAUUUCUCCAGCGUCCCCAGAAACAUCGUACAUCUUCAGAACGUGAAGGAGCUCUGGCUGAAGAGUCUGGAACUGGAGGAGUUACCUGAAGAGGUCUGCCUCCUCAGAAAGUUGGAGCUCCUCCACCUCGGUUGGAACAACCUAACCAGGCUACCCGGCAACUUCGCCCAGCUGUCUGAAUCCCUCACCAAACUUCUGCUGCAGAACAACCAGUUCCAGCAGUUUCCGGUGGAGGUCUGCGGCGUGGUCAGUCUCCGGGAGCUUUAUCUGGACCAGGGGACUGGACAGAAGUUCACGGUCAUCCCGGACAAAAUCGGCAACCUCCGGAACCUCAAGAUCCUGGUGCUGGACAACAACGCACUGACGUCACUUCCGGCAACGAUUGGACAUCUUGCAAGCCUGGACACCCUGAUGGUCCAGAACAACCAGCUGUCCUCCCUUCCGAACGAGCUGUGUCUCCUCUCCAAGCUGAGAGUCCUGUGGCUCGGUAGGAACGCCCUGCAGCGACUUCCUGAGGAACUACACCGCCUCACCUGCCUGCAGAGUCUGCGUCUGGACGGGAAUCCGCUCUCAUACCCGCCACUGAAUGUGUGCCGUAUGGGCAUCGAAGCCGUCAGGGGAUACAUGCAGCAUCAGAGGGUAGCCGAACACCAGCGUUCGGUCGCUGCCAAGUCCAGAGAGAGGGAGACCAAGGGCUUUAGUUGGAAAUGGUGA